AUGCCUUCUGCAAGGCGCGUCCGGCUCCUGUUCUUCGGCGUGCUCGCCUUGGUCGUCAUGACCCUCAUGUACACAUCCCGACUGCGCCAGUCACAAGAACGCGAUACCCGCACACUAGGCGACUUCUACUACAAGACUGUGAAUGGGCUAAACAAGGCCCAUGGUGACCAGGCUGUGAUGGGCACAAAGGCAGGCCAGACAACACAAGACAAGGAUAGAGAUGGCGACGUCGACGAGGAUGAUGAACAACUUGCCCGCGAGAUGGCCCAGCGCCUCAAGGACGCCGAGCAGAAAGCCAAGGACCUUGCAAAUGCAAAAUCUCCAAACAGACCGGAUGCGCCCGAGAAGAUUGUAGGAAUUGGAAGCUCAGCCGAUGGCCAAGGCAAGAAAGAUGAAGGAGGCAACAGUGUGGAAGCACAGGAGACAGACGAGGAACAUGCAGUCGAGGUGACAUUGAACGACAUUCUCAAGAAAUCACCUGUCAUCAUAUUCUCCAAGUCAUAUUGUCCAUACUCUAAGCGAGCCAAGGGCCUGUUGCUUGAAAAGUACAAUAUCGACCCCGCUCCUUAUGUUGUCGAGCUUGACGAGCAUCCGCUGGGCCCUCAGAUCCAAACCCGCCUCGGUGAAAUGACCGGCCGACGGACUGUCCCCAACAUCAUGGUCAAUGGCAAAAGUAUUGGAGGAAGCGAUGAUAUUGCUGAACUAGACAGGAACCACGACCUGGUGGAGAAGAUUAAAACGCUGGGUGGUAAGCGUGUUGAAAUGAAGGAACGCUUCAUAGAGUCUGGCAGUAACCUUUGA